AUGGAUAAAUUUGUCAUGAGGUUGGAUCGUUCUCAACCAAGUCCAUCCUUGAGCCAGGUGAAUGCCAAUCUUUCUCAUCUAAUAGAUGAACUCAAUUUGGAAUCACUUGAACCCGAUUCAGAAACAUUGAAAGUUAUAAUUGGAGACUUAAAUGGAGAUUACUUUGGUAUAUUGGUUGAUGAAUCCAAACAUAUCUCACACAAAGAACAAGUGGCGCUUGUUUUGCGUUACGUUGAUAAGAAUGGUGAAGUUGUAGAGCGAUUUGUUGGUCUUGUCCAUGUUAGCGAUACAUCGGCAUCAUCAUUGAAGGAAGCAAUAUAUUCUUUACUUUUAGAGCACUCACUAAGUCCAUCUAAAAUACGUGGACAAGGUUAUGAUGGGGCUAGUAAUAUGAGGGGAGAGAUAAAUGGUCUUAAGACUUUGAUUAUGAAAGAUAGUCCAUCAGCAUAUUACAUUCAUUGUUUUGCUCAUCAAUUGCAAUUAAUACUUGUAGCUAUUGCUAAAAAGUAUUUGGAUGUUGAAGAUUUCUUUUGUCAUGUUACUUAUAUGUUGAAUGUUAUUGGAGGAUCUUUUAAGCGUAGAGAUUCGCUUCGUCUUCUUCAAGCUGAAAAGUUGGAGCAAUUACUUGAGUCCGGUGAAGUUCAUACUGGACAAGGAUUAAAUCAAGAAUGGGGGCUUCAAGGACUAGAUGAUAAUCGUUGGGGAUCACAUUUCAAAACAUUAGAUAACUUUAUUGUUCUUUUCUUAUCUAUUGUCCGUGUGCUUGAAGUGAUUAAAUAUGAAGGUUCUACCUCAAAUGAUAGAAAUCAAGCUAAGUAUCUUCUAAGUGAGAUUAAAACAUUCAAAUUUAUUUUUAUGCUACACUUGAUGUUGAAAGUGUUGGCAUUGUCAAAUGAGUUGAGCAAGACCUUACAAAAAAGGGAUCAAGAUAUUAUUAAUGUUGUGGAGUUUCUUAACAUUACAAAGAAAAGAUUGCAAGAUAUGAGAGAAAGUGAAUGCGAAUCUUUGUUGGAGUGUGCUUCCUCAUUUUGUGUUAUGCAUGAUAUUUUGAUUCCCAAGAUGAAUGAGUUUUAUUUUCUCGAAAAGUUAAAGCGGAAUUCUUCUAGUAUUUGUUAUUCACACCACUUGCGUGUCCAAAUAUUUUGUGCUGUGAUUGAUGUGCAACUUCAAGAGCUUAAUGACCGUUUUGAUGUAGUGAGUAGUAAUUUGAUUCUCGGGAUGGCUAGGUUAAAUCCAGUCAAUUCUUUUGCUAAUUAUGAUAAAGGUAGAAUAAUGACUUUAGCAAAGUGUUAUCCAAAUGAGUUUGAUGAAGUACAAAUUCGGGAUUUGAGUUAUCAACUCGAUACUUUUAUAAUUCAUAUGCGAUGUGGUAAUGCCAAGUUCUCCAACUUGCAAGGAAUUAGUGAUUUGGCAAAAGCAUUGGUUGAGAUAAAUCUUGUGGAGACUUAUUCAUAUAUUUACUUACUUUUGAAGUUGACUCUGAUUUUACCUGUUGCUACCGCAACUGUGGAGAGAGCAUUUUUAUCUAUGAAGCAAAUAAAGAAUGAUGAGCGGAAUAGCAUGGGUGAUCAAUAUUUAAAUGAUUGUUUAGUUUGUUACAUAGAGCGGGAUGUAUUUACAAAUGUAAGUAAUGAUGUUAUUAUUGACCGUUUUCAGAAUAUGAAAAUUCAUUGA